AUGGCUCCUCAUGUGGGGUUCGAUACCGAGCAGAUCAAGGACAGCGCUCGGAAAGAUCUUUUAUAUCUCCUUGAGGGUGUCCGGGGCAAAAAGAACCUCGUCAUCGAACGAAGCUUGGCCGGCCCUAUCGGCGUCGUGGUCAAGGUCUCGACGCUCCAGGAAUAUGGCGUGGACAAGUUCUUCUUCCUAGAGAACAACAACGCCGACACGAGCCAGCGCAAUGUCGUCUUCAUGGCCCGGGGCGAGUGUGCCCGCCACGCUCAGGCGAUCGCAGAACAGGUCAAGCGAUUGCAACGUGAGAGCCAAACCGGCCAUGACUUCCACAUCUUUUGGGUGCCGCGCCGUACUCUGGUAUCCGACAAGCUUCUGGAGGAGAGCGGCGUCCUAGGGGAUGUCAGCAUUCACGAGUUGCCGCUCUACUUCUUCCCCUUGGAGCGCGAUGUUCUCUCUCUUGAACUCGAUGACUCCUUCCGGGACUUGUUUCUAUGCAAGGAUACCACCCCUGCCUUUCUCAUCGCUAAAGCUCUCAUGGGUAUUCAGUCGAAACAUGGCCUCUUCCCUCGUAUCAUCGGCAAGGGAGACAAUGCCAAACGGGUAGCGACACUUCUUUCACGAAUGCGACAAGAGAUUCUGGCCGGAGAGGAUGCUAGUGAGGCUGCGAAAGCUGGGUUGACUCCGAGCAAUUCAACUGAGAGCGUCAUCAUUAUCGAUCGCGAGGUUGACAUGGUUUCGCCAUUGCUCACGCAGCUCACUUACGAAGGAUUGAUCGACGAAGUCUUCAAUAUUCAGAACAAUCAAACUGAUGUUGACUCUACGAUUGUCGGAGGUCCAGCCCAGCCCCCCUCCCAAGGCACAUCUACCGCACCUGCUGCAAGUAACCAAUCAAGAAAACGCAAGAUCCAACUCGACUCUUCAGACAAACUAUAUGACGGCCUACGGGAUACGAAUUUCGCCAUCGUCGGCACCCUGCUUAACAAGGUCGCGCGACGGCUGCAGAGCGAUUAUGACAGCCGGCAUGCCUCGAAAACGACGGCAGAGCUCAAAGAUUUCGUUAAAAAGCUCCCCGGCUACCAGGCCGAGCAACAAAGUCUGAAAAUCCACACGUCACUGGCUGAAGAGAUUAUGAAGUAUACCCGAACUGAUCAAUUCAGUCGAUUACUUGAGGUUCAGCAAAAUUUGGCUGCAGGCGCCGAUCCGAGUUCCCAAUUCGAUGCUAUCGAAGAGCUGAUCGCUAGGGACACACCGCUCCCAGAGGUAUUGAGACUAGUUUGCAUUUACUCAUGUAUAUCCGGGGGGAUCUCAACGAAAGAGUUUGAUUAUUUCAGGCGUCUGAUCCUGAAGGGGUAUGGCUAUCAGCAUCUACUUACGCUCAACAACUUGGAGAAGCUCCAACUACUCCUACCUCGGUCGUCACCGAUGGCUAGUAUGGUUCCAAUGCCGGGAUCCGGAGCAGCAGCGGGAACCAAGACGAACUACACAUAUCUCCGCAAGCAACUACGGUUGAUUGUCGACGAAGUCAACGAGCACGACCCCAACGAUAUCGCGUAUGUCUAUAGUGGCUACGCACCCUUGUCGAUUCGCCUUGUGCAAUGCAUUCUCCAGAAACAAUAUCUUCUAUCCAUCACACGCGGCAACACAGCCGCAGGCGCGGGGAACAUCGCAGGCAGCGGCGCCCAAGGAUGGAGAGGGUUUGACGACGCUGUGAAGCAUGCCCGUGGCCCGACAUUCGACGAGGUUCAGAAGGGAGAGGACAAGGCCGUGAAGGCGCGUUCGCUCUUGUCUGGCGGCGGGGAGAAGAAGACGGUAUUUGUAGUGUUCGUCGGUGGCAUAACUUUCACUGAGAUUGCCGCUUUGCGCUUCAUUGCGAGGAAGGAGGAAGCUCGACGAAACAUCGUCAUCUGUACGACGUCGAUCCUGAAUGGAAACCGAAUGAUGAGCGCCGCGAUCGAGAACGAGUCAUUCGCAAGAGAAAAGCCCAAACCCGCAACAGCAGCAGCCGCCACUUCGAGCUGA